GUUGGUGUGUUUGGAUCCUCCAGUGUUCUGUUUGAACGUUCAGAGUGGACUUUUCUCGUCCUUCUUCGACUCUUGGAUGUUUGUCAAAUGUCCGGGUUUCAGGCUCUCCCAGUUUUUCCUGAUGAGGUCCAGCAGCUGUCCAUGAAUAAAGAAGAGGCAUGCCCUGAGCAGCAGGAAAAGCAUGAGCCUCUGAAAAUUAAAGAUGAACCUGAGGAGCUGUGGAGUGAUCAAGGGAGAGAUCAGCUUCAAGGGCGAGAGGAGGAUGAUAUCAAGUUCACUUUUGUUCCUGUCCUUGUGAAGAGUGAAGAUGAUGAAGAGGAACCUCAGUCUUCACAGCAUUAUCAAAAACAAACCAAAGAGUCAGCCAGGUACUUUGAUCCAGAGAGAGAUUUACAACAACAUUCUGAGGUCAAGACUGAAGACUCUUCUGAUCCAGAGACUGAUGACAGCGCUGAUUGGAGGGAGAUGACAGAGCACCAGUCAGGUUUAAAGUCAGUGGAGAAAAGCAGAGAAAUGAGAGCAAAGAUUACAAAGAAAUUGUAUAUCUGCUCAGAGUGUGGAAAAAGAUUUAAGGGUGAACAAGGUUUGACUAGACAUAUAGUUGUUCAUACUAAAGGAAAACCCUUCAGCUGCACUGAGUGUGGUCAGAGAUUUACCCAGAAAGGAACUUUAACUGUGCACAUGAGAAUUCACACAGGGGAGAAACCAUUUGUCUGCUCUCAGUGUGAUCAAAGAUUUUCCGUAAAAGGAAAUUUAGCUGCACACAUGAGAACUCACACAGGUGAGAAACCGUUUGUCUGCUCUGAGUGUGGCAAAAAAUUUUCCCAACAUGCAACUUUGAACAGACAUAAGCUACUUCAUACUAGAGAAAAACCCUUCAGCCGCUCUCAGUGUAGUGAGAGAAUUCCAGGAGGGGUUGUAGCCGAUUCCGUGGUCUGUCCAGGGACCAUGGUCUCUGGCACGGACCAGUGGUUACUGCCACUAGGGACGCUAGAGACACUGGUCGCGACCAGUUCCUCAGUGGUCAUGACUACCUUCUUAGUGUUACAAACCAACGGGCCAGCUGCUCCCUGCCACAACGGGCACUAAAAUUACUGGUCCUGCAGCUCCUCAGUGAUCUGUCCUGUGGUCCUUGUGGUCUGGAUUAGUUAGUGAGUGAUCUGAGAAGCGGCUUUUGUAAUUUUAUUACACCUUCUCCUUUUUCCAGUUGUGGUGGCAGCACUGUUAGACGAAUAAAUGUCAGAGAUCAUAAUCUUUUGUCCAUAAAAUACAAUCUUCUAUGAUUUGUACAAUUUAUGCAGGGCCAUGUAGUCAGGACCAGCUCCUCAGUGGUCGCGACCAGUGUCUCUCUGGUACGGACCAGUGCUCACUACCACUAGAGGUGCUAGAGACACUGGUCACGAUCAGUGGCACGGGGUCAUGACCAGCUUCUUAAUGGUACAAACCAACGGACCAGCUGCUCCCUGGCACAAAGGGCACUGAAAUUACUGGUCCUGCACCACCUCCUCAGGGAUCUGUUCUGUUGUUUGGACCAGUUGAGUGAUCUGUGGAGUGUUUGUUUGUAUUUGUUUUUAAUACAACCUUUUUUCUUUUCUCACUGUCAGAUGAAUACAUUUUUGAAGCCAUAAUCAUUUGUCUAUCCAAUGUUAUUGAUCACCAGUAUUCACAGAAAUCAUAAUAACAAUGAUUAAAUUAUCAUUAUUAGUCGUAGUUGUAUGAGUAGUAGUAUCAAUUACGCAGGUCUUUGUGUUUGUAACCAGCCACACAGUCCUGACCAGCCUCCCGCGACCAGCUGCUAUCUGGUACGGAAUAACAGACCAGCUGCUCCCUGGCAUGGACCAGUGGUCACUACCAUGAUGGGCGCUAAAGACACUGGUCCUGAUGCUGAUCAGCUCCUCACUGGUCUGUCUUGUGGUCCUUGUCAUCUGCCUGUUGUCUUGACCAGUAACUGAAUGGUCUUUUGUAGUUAUUAUACAUUUAAAACACCUUCUCCCUUUUCUCAUUCUGUUGGCAACACUGUA